AUGGGUUUUCUGUACUACGCCAUCUCCAUACCAAGGGCUCUCACCGCCACAUUCUUGCUCGGCAUAUUCACCAACGCCAGAUUCAUCCUCACCGGCGCGCUCUCCCGCCUCGGCCUCUACAAGCCGCCGCCGGAGCAAGAAUCCGCCGUCGAGUCCAACGGCGACAGUUAUAUCCUCAUCCUCGACCCGUCCUUCCCUUCCCUCGUCCCCGUCCCGGUCCGCGCGGUCGUCGCCGCUAUAAAAAACCGGGUUCGAAUUGUCCGGUUCAGAGACUACUGCGCUUCCCGGCGGGGAAGCGCGCCGGAGAUCGAUGAGGUGGACAGCGCGUGCAGCAUCUGCUUAGAGCGCGUGGGAUUGGAUGAUUGGGUUAGGGAUCUCUGCAUCUGUAGCCAUUUGUUCCAUGUCCAGUGUUUGGAUACAUGGAUUGACGAGGGACAGGUCACAUGCCCUUUGUGUAGAUCUAUGUUGUUACCUCCGAAAAUUAAUCUUUUCCUGAGAUGCAAUCAGAGCCCAGAUGGGCUUGCUGCUGAUUUAUGA